AACCGCUGCAAUUAGUCGUAAUGAUUUUGUAGGGUCUGAGGCUACAUGAUGCGCAUUCCUGUGAUUGCCAGCAGGGCUUGCGAUGCUGGGCCCCUCCGCCGCAGCAGCAAACAAUGCGCAUGCUCCCUCGCCGCUUAGCGUGCUUACCGUCAGGCGCGGGGGAGGAGCGGUCGUUGUCGCUAGUGUGUCGCUGGGCUCGGAUCCCUGGAUGUUGGUUGCCUGGUAUCUAUAGCAAGCCUCAGGUCUGCUGUGGACAAGAAAAUCAUAACCGACCAAAGAGAGGUGAUUCAUUUCGUAGUCUAUAUGGAAGCCCCAAGAUCACGAUGCUCUCCGAACUAAUUCUGUGGCAUUGUGGCAUAUGAUGCUUUGUUUCGCUGUUCAUAUAGGUACUAGAUUCUCUUAUGAUUUUCCUGAAUGUGUGUCGAUCAAGCUAGCCUGGAUCAGUGGCUGAUUGUGGCGCAUAUUUAUCUAUAGCCCAUCUAUGCAACGAUUAUUUUUGCAAGGGGAAGCUAGCUGGCCUUGUGUGGGCAUUUCUUACUGUCAGUAAAGCUUCAAAGCAAACUGCUUGUUACCUGGACAGUGCUGUGCCCAUGCGAGGUUUGUCUUUGAGGUUUAUAUACCUAAUUGAACAGCAGUGCAAAUUCAGGCCUACAUAAUUAAGUUACAUAUGUGUGCCCCUAUUACGGUAAAUUGUAUACAUAGGGGACCUCACCUGCACUGACCAUUACACUUACGCUGUUGAAUACUCACUAUUCUCAUAGGGAUCACUGUGCCUACCUCCCACAACAAACUGUCUGUUGUCCCAAAUGCUAGUAGGUUGUUCGGUGUGUGCACGUCUUAGCAUUUUGGUGAUGUAAACCAGAACACAUAAGCUCAUAUGGACCCAUGAGUUUCCACUACAGUGUGUCCAUUCUAUGUAUGUAAACAUCCCAUUCCACAGAUGUGUGUGUACUCACUCACCCACUACUGUUUCUUUAGGAUAGACGUUUCAACUUGCUGUGACUGCAGGUUGAAAUGGCCGGUCAACCAACAAAGAUAUCUUACAAUGUGCCGUGCGAGGGACAAAAACUGUCUUCAAGUGAGACGUGUAGCGUCAGCGCUGCCACUACUCCCAAGCCAAAACCACGCACCAAAAACUACCAGUACGUGGAACCGAAACGACUUUCCUCUGACCCCUCGUCCAACAAGCCACCACCUCCAGUACCAAAGAAACCUUCCAACUACACACCAGUCAGCCUACACAAAGCACCUCCCUCUCUCCCUGUCGCUGAGGGUGGGAAAGUAGACGUGAAGGCACUAGCAAAGAAACUCUCUUCAGAGACUAUAAUCAAGAAAGUGUCGGAUGAAGCCACACACCCUACCCCACAGGGGGGUAGGAACAUCGAAGACCCUGUCAUCCCCCAGCGGAUCAGAUCUUGCUACGAGAAACAGCCAUCUGCUGACUCAGCAGUUGUCACUGUUCCCCCCAAACUGGCACUCCGGUCGCAGAGUGAAUCGAGCAUGCCAGCCCCAACGCCCGUGGACUUGAACUGGCUGCCAUCUGGGGAGAGUGUUACCCUCACCGAGCUUGCCAGGGCCCAUUCCUCCCGAUUCCCUCUCAGAAUCUACCUCCUGGAUGGCUACUAUGGCCUGACCUCUCGCUUCACUCUCUCCUCUUCUGAUAUCUUUGACAUCCACUUUGCGAAGCGUACACAGGUGCUUUCUGUGAGAGACUCGGUGGGAACUGACUACAGCAUUCCCCUCAACUCGGCCAUCCAAUUUGGCAUCAUCUACGGUCACAUGUUGCCCAAGUCUGCAGAGAAACCAGCAUUGCACUACAACACAGUCCAGGAGCUCCUCGCGUUAGACCCUCUGCCCAGCGUUGUGUGUGCCACUGCAAGCUGGGCUAAGCCCUCUGACAAGGAGAGCAAGGUGGGGGUUGAGAGGAAUGAGCUACUUCUCGUGAAGGGGAUCUUCAAGAGUCGUCUUCGUGGCAAGAAAGCCCUCAAGUGCUACAGCUUGAAGACGGAGACCAAGAAACUGCUCCCAGAAGAGUGCGAAGGCAAGUUUACCAUCAAUCCCGAGGCCGUAAAGCUUCACGUCUACGAGUUUGCUGCAAAGUUCAAGACUCUCUUCCCGUGCAAAGCGAUGAUGUUCCUCUGUUCCGACAAGAAGGAUGACGCCGUGUUCCGCAGCAUUCCAAAGAGCCUGCUCCUGAAGCCGAUCAGUGUCCUGAAGGUGAUGAGUGAAGUGUCUCUCGCUGCAACCUCAGUCUCCAACAAAUUGAGUCCUCCCCUCGACCCCAAAAUCCGUCACGUCGACUUCAACAACAGGCCGAUCAAGUCAGCUCUGACCAUGGAAAUUCCUCUGGACAGCCACCUGGGAAAUAUCGAAGCGGAGAUCCUGCAAGCGCCUAGCAAAGCAGAGACUGAAGUUCUCUACAUGAACACCAAAGAGUUGCUGCAGAAGGCCAACAAAGAGCCAUACAUGAUUCUCCUUGACAAAGGCUCCGAUCGCAUCAACGACACACAGUCAGUGUUGUACAUGCAGGUUAGGUCAGAGAACUGUGACCUGGGAGUGACCUACGAGACCUCAGAGGCCAUCUAUGAGAGAAUGGACCACAGAAAAGGGGGUCAAGACUCAGCAGCAGCCUAUGCUACUCCCGAAAACAGGGGCACCAAAACUGGGAAGAGGUCUGCCAAAGUGGAGGUGGCGAUUGUGGAAGAGGAUGAAAGCGAUUCAGACUCAUCUGCUGAACAUUACUAUGAAGACCUGGACAAGGCGCUGAACUUGCUCUCUCUCUCCCCUGCUGCUCAGCAACUGGCACCUGCCGCCCCCUCUCACUUCUCCCCCUCCCCCAUCUCACUACUCCCAUCUCAACACCUGCCCCCACCUGAAAUGCAGCACAAGACGUUCUACCUCCCUGAAAAUGCAGGCUCACAGAGUAGUCACUAUUCCUCAUCGGUGCCCACCUCAGCCACCCAGCUGCAACUACCACCUCAGACACAGGCAACCUCAUACGUCCAGAUGGUCCCUCCAUCCUCCGUGCCCGGCAACACUUCAACUCAUGUUCCUCCUGAAACUAAAAUGGCAAACAGGGACUUCCUGCAGAGCAUGUCCACAGUGCAGGUGCAGCAGCUACUGCAGGCAAUGAAUCUCACACAAUACCAGAACAAGUUUGCCAGCGAGGGAAUUGGAGGGGACAUUCUCAUAGAACUCGAAGAUCAGGACCUGCAGAAUGAUCUGGGGAUGAAGUCCAAAGUUCACAGGGUCCGUCUCAUGAAGAUAAUUGAAGGGCAACACUCAGCCAAGAAUAUUCUCGAGGGAGAAAACCCAUAUGAGUUGUAAACAGAAGCUAGAAGGUUUCCGGCACCAUCACUGUACAGUUAUGAAUACUGUAGUUAUGUGUGUGAAUGUCUUUUUUGAAACUCUUCUCACAACAAUAUACCUAUGCAUUUUUCUAAGAGUACAUAUGAAAACAAGUGUGUUGACAUAAUGACAUCAGAGAGUGUGUGUGAUGUUGCGUGAGAGGAUGUCCCUGGCAGAUUGAUGGCCGCCAAUUACUGCCAGGAGCCUCUUGCGAUGCAGCUGCCUCUCCACACCCAACUCCCUCUCCAGGAUGGCUUCGUUGCAAUGGAGGAGAACUGAGCCUGUCACCUGCUCCUCACGGAAUCUUGUGAUGUACUGAGACAGACCCAUGGAUCUUAGGACACUUUCAACCUGUGCCAUUAUAAUCACUAGUAUGAUCUGUCCCAUUACAAUACAGUAUUGUACCCA